AUGGCGUGGGUCGUCCUCGCGUACAGCGGCGGUCUGGACACAUCCAUCAUCCUGAAGUGGCUCCAGGACACGUACGGCUGCGAGGUCGUGACGUUCACCGCGGACCUCGGCCAGGGCGAGGAGCUCGAGCCCGCGCGCGCCAAGGCGGAGCAGAUGGGCGUCAAGGAGAUUUACAUCGACGACCUCCGCGAAGAGUUCGUGCGCGAUUACGUCUUCCCGAUGUUUCGCGCGAACGCGGUGUACGAGGGCGAGUAUCUUCUCGGAACGUCCAUCGCGCGCCCGCUCAUCGCGAAGCGGCAGAUCGAGAUCGCGCGCGAGGUUGGCGCGGACGCGGUGUGCCACGGCGCCACGGGCAAGGGCAACGAUCAGGCGCGUUCUGUGCGAUUCGAGCUGGGCUACUACGGGCUCAAACCCGACGUGAAAGUGAUCGCGCCGUGGCGCGAGUGGGACCUCAACUCGCGCACGAAGCUCAUCGCGUACGCGGAAGAGGCUGGGAUCCCGGUCGCGCAGAGCAAGCGUCAAGAGGCGCCGUACUCCAUGGACGCAAACUUGCUGCACAUCUCCUACGAAGGCAACGCGCUCGAGGAUCCCAUGGUGGGCUACACCGAGGAUAUCUUCACGCGUUCCGUCGCGCCCGAGGACGCGCCGGACGCGCCGACGUUCCUGGACAUCGACUUCGAGGGCGGCGACCCGGUCGCGAUCAACGGCGAGAGGAUGUCCCCCGCGACGAUGCUCACGGCGCUGAACAAGUACGGCGGCGACAACGGCAUCGGCCGGCUCGACAUCGUGGAGUCGCGGUUCGUUGGGAUGAAAUCCAGAGGGGUGUACGAGACCCCGGGCGGGACGAUUCUCCUCCGCGCGCGCCGCGGCGUCGAGUCCGUGUGCCUCGACCGCGGAGAGAUGCACCUGAAGGACGAGCUCAUGCCGCGGUACGCGGAGCUCAUCUACAACGGGUUCUGGUUCUCCCCGGAGCGGGAGAUGCUUCAGGCGGCGAUCGACACGUGCGCUAAGAACGUCAACGGGACGGUUCGCGUCAAGCUCUUCAAGGGCAACGUCGACGUCGUCGGCCGCGAGAGCGCGCAGACGUUGUACAACGCGAAGCUGUCGACGUUCGAGGAGGACGACGGCGCGUACGACCAGAAGGACGCCGCCGGGUUUAUUAAGCUUCAGGCGCUUCGUUUGCGGACGCUCGGGACCCAGCGCGGGCCGCCGGCGUGAGAGACGACAGCGCGCGCGCGAGAGAGAGAGAGAGAGAGAGAGAGAGAGAGGGUGAUGCGUGACGCGUCGGAGUUGGGGGUGGUAUCGCGUCUUGGUGAUUGGUAUGAGAAUGGAGAUC